AGCCAAAAAAGAACAGAGACUACAGCAACAACAGUCAAAAAAAUAAGAGGUCACGCGGUCAGAUGUCCGCUUAUCAGAUCCUUUUUUAAUAUUUGUUUAUUUGUCUAUAUAUAUUCACACGCACGCAUACCCUAUUAUAUUUAUAUUCCUUUCUCCUCUAUUUUUUUUUAAAAAAAAAUAAUGCUAUUGUUAAACUACGCCGUUCUAUUCUCUUUGCUGCUGAUAGUUGUGACCGCUCAACCUGUCAAUACCCUUCAAUCUAUCCAAGUAGCAGCACAAUUAGCGCGAAAGAUCGUAUCGGAUGCAGGUCGUGGCACAAUAUUAACCUUGAUGGAUGAAUCUGUAUCGCCUGAAUUCAGUGGAUUUCCCUUUGGUAUUAUGGAGUAUUACAGUGACAAAUGUUCAGAGGAUGGUAAUUUAUUAUUGUUCAUGUCGGAUUUACAAAUGAGUGCUAGAAAUAUGCACCAAGAUUCAGAAAGGGUCGGUUUCACGGUGAAUGCUCUAAAGGACUACAAUCCAUACUUUGGCAAUCACUCAACACCUGUUCAACAACCCAGAUUUACAUUAUUCGGCAAGAUGGAAAGGGUACCCGAGUCCAAGUCUGAAGAGGCCAUGUCAUGUUUUACGGAAACGCAUCCUGAAGCCAAACCAUGGUAACAAUAAAUAACAACGGCCUCUUUAAUGUGUACUAACUCUAAGUUUAGGAGGAAGUUUCAUGAUUUCAACUUUUACGAGUUCCAAGUCAAAGGGAUGUAUUAUGUGGGUGGAUUCGGAGGUAUGAAUUACAUCGGUUGGAUACCUGCAGAGAUCUAUCACGAUGCGAAAUCACCAUCAUUUUUAAUUCAGAAUUGAAUCUCCUACAGUUUAUUUGCCCUCCUUUUCCCGAGUGAACCCAUUUUUUUUUUUUUUUUUUUU